UCUCAGCGCCCGCAGGCGGCCGCGUCCACCCCCGACGCUCUGAGGUCACCGACGGGGCCGGCCCGCGGGGGGCGGAGGGACGGAGGGAAAAUGGCGGCAGAGGCCGGAUAUUGGCGCCGCCUCCCCCAAUCCCGGAGCCGGCGCAGAUGAGGCAGCUCGGCUGGGGCCAGCGGCGCUUUGGAACCCGAGGUGGGGGGACCCUGGCGGUGGGGCCUGGUCCUGCUAUAUGCCGGCGCCUCGGCUAGAGUGAGUGGCGGCGACGCCUCUUUCCUCCGGCUCUUUCCCUGUCGCUGCGAGAGCGAGCGGGCGGCGGAGGCGGCGGGGCCGGGAUGGAGGACGUUAAUUCCAACGUGAACGCGGACCAGGAGGUGCGAAAGCUGCAGGAGCUGGUGAAGAAGCUGGAGAAGCAGAACGAACAGCUGAGGAGUCGCUCUGGGGCCGUGCAGGGCGCCGGCUCCCUCGGGCCCGGCAGCCCGAUUAGGGCCGGCGCGUCCAUUCCCUCCUCCGGCGCGGCGUCUCCUCGGGGCUUCCCCUUGGGCCUCAACGCCAAGUCGGGCGGCGGGGCCGGGUCGGGCGCGAGGCGGACGAGUAGCGAAGAGCUGCGGGACGCCACCUCCUUGCUGGCGGCGGGCGAGGGCGGCUUGUUGGACGAGGUGGAGCCGCUGCGGCCCGACGAGCUGGAGCGCCUGUCAGGCUGGGAGGAGGAAGAGGAGAGCUGGCUGUAUUCAUCACCAAAGAAAAAACUUACACCAAUGCAGAAAUCGGUUAGUCCAUUAGUUUGGUGCAGGCAAGUUUUGGAUUACCCAAGUCCUGAUGUUGAGUGUGCUAAAAAAUCUCUUAUCCACAAACUUGAUCAAACUAUGUCAGUAGCGACGAGGUUUCAUGAUGUUGGCCAGGCUGGUUUCGAACUCCUGAGCUCAAGUGAUCCACCUGCCUUGGCCUCCCAAUGUGCUAGGAUUACAGCUCUCAAGAGGCAGAAUUUAUAUAAUAAUCCUUUCAACUCUAUGAGUUAUACAAGUCCUUACAGUCCAAAUGCCAGUAGCCCAUACAGCAGUGGCUUCAAUUCUCCAUCCUCAACACCAGUGCGACCUCCUAUAGUCAAACAGCUUAUACUUCCUGGAAAUUCAGGUAACUUGAAAAGCUCAGACAGAAAUCCUCCACUCAGUCCUCAGUCCUCUAUAGAUAGUGAGUUAAGUGCUUCAGAAUUAGAUGAAGAUUCAAUUGGAUCCAAUUAUAAGCUAAAUGAUGUAACCGAUGUACAGAUUCUAGCCCGGAUGCAGGAAGAAAGUCUCCGGCAAGAAUAUGCAGCCACCACGUCUCGGCGCAGUUCUGGUUCAUCUUGCAAUUCUACAAGACGGGGUACUUUUAGUGAUCAGGAACUUGAUGCACAAAGUUUAGAUGAUGAAGAUGACAAUAUGCAUCAUGCAGUAUACCCUGCUGUUAACAGGUUUUCACCAUCACCACGCAAUUCACCUCGACCAUCACCCAAGCAGUCACCCAGAAAUUCACCUCGUUCACGAUCUCCUGCUCGGGGAAUAGAAUAUAGUAGAGUGUCCCCACAGCCUAUGAUUAGCCGCUUACAGCAACCUCGCCUUUCACUUCAAGGCCAUCCCACAGAUUUACAGACAAGCAAUGUUAAAAAUGAAGAAAAACUAAGACGCAGUCUUCCAAACCUGUCUCGAACAUCUAAUACACAAGUUGACUCAGUGAAAAGCAGCAGAAGUGACUCAAAUUUUCAAGUGCCAAAUGGAGGAAUACCUCGCAUGCAACCUCAGGCUUCAGCCACUUCGCAAAGGCUGAAAAAUUUGCCUCGCACUUCCCUCAAAGCCAAACAGUUGCUUCAAACUUCAUCUACAAAAAGAGUACCUUCUCCAGGCAAAUUCCGUUCCCCUGCAGCACCAUCUCCUUUGGCUCUUCGGCAACCAGUGAAAGCAUUUAGUAACCAUGGCUCUGGUUCUCCUGGUAGCCAAGAAAUAACACAGCUCACACAAACCACCUCCUCACCUGGGCCUCCUGUGGUUCAGAACACAGUCUCAGCAAAUCCUCCCAGCAAUAUCAACAGCGCUACUCUAACCAGACCUGCAGGGACAACUGCAAUGAGAAGUGGCUUGCCCAGACCCAGUGCCCCUUCUGCUGGGGGCAUACCAGUGCCUCGCAGCAAACUUGCACAGCCUGUUCGCAGAUCCUUGCCAGCUCCUAAAACCUAUGGUAGCAUGAAAGAUGACAGUUGGAAAGAUGGCUGUUAUUGACCAGCAAAGACGAGAAUGCAGAAGUCCACGGCUUCAUGGAUACCCUUCACCAGGCUAAAAAACAACUUUUAUAUGCAGACUGUUCAGAUAAGACUCUUGGGAUUUAUAAAAUCCCAGCCCUCUCUGUCUUAAUUAGCACAAACUGACAGAGAUCAUCAAACAGCACUUUAAUGACAUUUAACAUCAGAUGUGUUUGGUAAUCAUACAAUCACUCUCCAUAGAAUCACUUUUAGUUUUGUUUAAUAGAAACUAGGUUGAUUUUUUUAAAAUAUUUGACAGAGGCCAAUAUCUGGGCAAAUACUUAAUGGAUGCCAAAGAGAAAUGCCCAUUUGUAAAUGAGAAAAAUGCCCAUUUGUGCACAAGAAAAUAGUGAAUUCAAGCUAUCCAAAACUUCAAAUUCAACCUAAUUUACUGUAUAAAUAGUAUCAAUAAAUAUUUGUGUUAAUGAGAACUAAUAUUCUGACUAAUUAUCUAAAGUGUUUCACUAGUACACCAGGAAACUACAGAUUGAGAUUGGGGGGUGGGAGGAAAGAAACCUGGGCUAGAGAUUUAAAACAUUCCUAAAUUUGGGAGAAUUUCAGAAAUUAUUUUUGCAGAUUCAUUAGAAAAAUUAUCAUUUAAUCUUAAGUUUUGGAUGUAGCUCACGUAUCACCACCACCAGAUAGCGUUACAGCAUGCAUCCAUCAUGUUGCAUUGACACAUCGAACUUCUGUUUGUUUGUUUUGAUUGCCAAAAGGGCUUAAUAUCAGGUGUACAAUCUUUCUAAACUUUAUAGUUCCUGGCUCAGGAAAGAUGGCCUUUGCUAUUGAAGCCAGCUUCUUCGCAUGCUGUUAUCUUUACAGAACUAAGAGAUCUUGUUUCUAUUAGCAGGUUUUCAUGAUAGGAAAGAACAAGUAGUCUGUGUCUUUAUUCUUGAUACAACACCACCUCAGUGCUUACAACCUGGAAGAAAACCAUACAAUAAGAGAGAGGGGGAAAAAAUCUAUGCACUUAACCUACAAAAUCUCUGGUGAUGACAGUUGUAUUGUUGCUAUUACAUGGCAUAACGAUCUAUUACGUGGUAGGAAAAUAUAGCCUGCUAAAUCCUACUUAUGUUGUAUCCACUUUAAACUGAGUAACUGUAUAAAACAUCUCUUGAAAAUCUUUCCCUUUUGACUUAGAUUCUGCCUUACAUUAAUUUUUGCGUUUUUGGUAACAAACCUACUACAUAUGACUCUAACCUGAUAAAUACUUGCUCUCUAAUGGCUCUUAAUAAAUCCUUGAAAUCGCCUAUUUCAAUUUUAUCAGACUAUUACCAGAGUAAAACUUCCUUCUGUAGCAGGCCUCUCAUUUUUUAUUAUGAGGUCUGUUUUUAAAUCCUUAAUUUGAACAGCUCUAAGAUACUGUCACUUAGGUCAUCUAAAAGCUUUUAGAGAUUUGAACAUAAGUUCAUUUCCUGUUCAUCAAAGACAUUCCGUAAGUUGGCAAAAGAAAUUGGAAGAGAGAAAAUGGAAGGCUUGAUAUUCAUGAUGGCAUUAAGGUUGAUAGGUUGAAAGAAUGAUAAAAACUUAAAACCAGGACCUCCAUUCUGUCAUGACUGACACCAUGGUAGUCUGUCAACUUGACCAGUGGAAAGUCAUUCAUUUAGCACAAGCAGCUGGAGAUUGAAACUGCCAGUACUAUGUAUUUGGUGUAUAAUGCAAAGAAGAAACUUUAUCCUUGAAUUGAGGGUGAUGGGGUGGGUCAGGAAAGGAUGGCGCCAGAAUUCUACAUGAUAAUGAACUAAAAAAUGUUGCUUUUCAGAGGAAGAUAAAGCAUCUUCUUUUGGGAGGGGGGUAUCUCAUGUCUAAGUAAGUAAAAAAAAAAGAACUAGCUACUGUCUCUUUUAAAAACCACGUACAAAAGCAAAACAAGUCUCAGUUUUCAGUGCAACAUUUCAAAAAAUAUAUAUGCUGCAAUCUAAUAAUUGAGAGGAAUUUUACCUAUUAUGAAACACAUUACAUUUUUUAAGUUAGAUAAUCAGUUUCAAAAGGAGUAUUCAGGUUAUUUAACUUUGUUUUUAAAUGGCUGCAUCAGAAAAAAAUGUCUAUUUUUUUUUAUUAAAAUAUUUCAUCACUUGUUAAAACGUAUUUUGGAUCUGAGUUUGGUAAAGUAUUAUUUUACAUGCUUUUGUACUACCACAGACUGUUGACUUUUAGUUUCCUAAAGAGAAAAAUUGCCUUUUUACUAGAAAGCCUUUGCAUAUCGCAAUUUUUCUGUUUGGGAAAAUCUAAGGAUUUACUGUGGUUAGUCUUACAGAAGAAAUGUGGAUUUGAUAAACUAGUGCCUAUGAUUUUAACUUAUGUUUGAUAUAUAGUAGUAAGGGUUUUAUGAAUGUUGAUUAUUUUGUGCCAACAGCCCAGAAUUGUCACUUAUAUGUAAGCAGAAAACAAUGAGCUCUGCUUCCAAAGUUAUUUAAUUUUCUCAGUGUUUGAAUGUUAUUUUUUGUAAGUGUGUUAAUAAAAGUGUAAAGAAUUAGAAAAAAAUAUAAAUAUUCUUAACUCAAGCAUUUGCUGGAUCAUUUUUCUACAAAACUUGUUUGUAUAAUAUAAAACACUCUCUGAAGAGUUGACUUUUUUCAGUUUCGUAUCCUGGAAAUCACAUUUUGUAAAACUGGGGACCAUUCAUAAUUGUCAGAUAGUUUUUAAAAUUAUCUCAAUACAUCACUUUUAUAAGAAAAAAAGUUUUUUUGAAAGAAAAUUAGAUACAUAUGUGGCCCCAGAUGUUUGUAUAACUCUAGAAUGAUCUAGACUAUGUAUGUUUAAAUUAACUUUUUGUUGAAUGUACAGGUGUCCAUUUUUGACGUUACGCAUGGUCCUUUUUAGAUCACAUGACGUUUGAUUUGCAAACAUUUCUAUAGCCGAACUUGUAUAUGUGGUUGCCUCCUUAAUAAACAGCCUGACCAUAAUGUUUAUUAUUAAAUUUAUAUUCUUUUUUAAGUGUUUAAUUAAUCUCUGGAUAUGGUAAGAUUCCUUUUUUUCUCUCAUUUGCCUACACUUGGUUUUAAUAAAUUGUUCAGUUGAGUUUUUCUUUAAACACGGAAACCCAAAUCGUAUUGCCCUUUCAGGCUUAGUCUUCAUGGGGUUGGAUUAUGUCUUAUAUUUUCUCUGUCAGAGUUAUUUCAUUUGUGGAUUUUACUUGGAGGAAAUUUAUAGUUUACUCUAAAGUGAUUUGUUCUUGGAACUUUUUCACCUGCUGUGAAUUGAUAUCUAGUUAGAAAAAGCUAGCAUUUGCCUACAUCAUAACUAUAUAUGAUAUCUAGUUAGAAAAAACAAGCAAAAAGCUAUUACGAGUUUCCAAGAGGAACAGAGGAACAAUUAAUGUAUUUUCAUGCCAAAUGCAAAUAUUUAGGUGAUCACGUAUAUUUUUUCUUGUAUGAAUGGAAAAAUCAAGAAUUGUACACUGUUUAAUGAAUUCUCCAUAUUCCUUUAGGAGAUAUUUGCUUUGCAAUUACAUGUUACAAUUAGAAUAAUUACCAUUAAAAUAAUAUUACAUGUUACAAUUAGAUUAAUAUUGAUGAGAGGGGGAAAAAAGACACCCUUCUGUUUUUUUCUCUCAAGCCAGUCUAAAAACUUGAAGAGCCAUUUAAAAUUAAAUGUCACUAUACUUGUAUUAUAAAUCAAUACAUGAGAAGUUUAAAUCUGUUACAUACUCAGUGCAACAGAAGAACCCAUAUGGAGGUUCAACCACUAAUGUAUUUUGAAUGAUCCUAAAUAUAAGUCUUGGGUGGCUAAAUGGCCCUCUGCUUACCAGUCUGAAAAUGAAACCAAUUAUACUCAUCGGCCUUAUUUGCUGUAAUACAAAUUGGUUAACACUAUGUUAACUGAAUGCCAGUUUCAAACAAAUUAUCUAUAUUAAGUCAUCUUAAUGUUUUCUCUUUAAAAGUAAGAAAAAAAUCUUUUUCUUCUGA